GCUGGCGUGGUGCAACACACUAUAAAGUGCAACACACUAUAAAGCACAGGAAUGUACAAGACUAGAUUGUUCCUUCUUUUAUCCCUGGGUGUCCUGGCUUGCAAAGGAGCCAACCCUUGUUGCUCGCAGCCAUGCCAAAAUCUUGGUGUGUGUACAACUAUUGGUCAAGACUCUUAUGAAUGUGACUGCACACGGACUGGAUAUUAUGGGCAAAACUGCACAAUCCCUGAAUUCCUCACAUGGCUGAAAGUGUCGCUGAAACCCGCACCAAACACAGUGCACUACAUCCUCACGCAUUUUAGAGCUUUCUGGAACAUCAUCAACAAAAUUCCAGUUCUGCGAGACUCCGUCAUGCGUUAUGUAUUAACAUCACGUUCCCAUUUAAUUGAAAGUCCACCAGUCUUCAACGCUGACUACGGUUACAAGAGCUGGGAAGCCUAUUCCAAUCUGUCCUAUUUCACACGUACUUUACCUCCUGUUCCCAAGGAUUGCCCAACACCUAUGGGAGUUGCAGGUAAAAAAGAGCUGCCUGAUGUGAAAGUGUUGGUGGAAAAGUUCCUAAUCAGGAGGAAGUUUAUCCCUGACCCACAGCGUACCAGUCUCAUGUUUGCCUUCUUUGCUCAGCACUUCACACACCAGUUCUUCAAAACUGACAUGAAGAAAGGUCCAGCAUUCACCAAGGCCAAGAACCAUGGGGUUGAUCUGAAUCACAUUUAUGGCGAGGACCUAGAACGUCAACAUAAGCUCCGGCUUUUUAAGGAUGGCAAGCUAAAAUAUCAGGUUCUGGAUGGAGAGGUUUAUCCUCCCUUAGUAAGUGAAGUUCAGGUGGAUAUGCACUAUCCACCGCAUGUGCCUGAGUCUCAUCGCUUUGCUGUAGGUCACGAAUUCUUCGGUCUGGUCCCAGGCCUCAUAAUGUAUGCUACAAUCUGGCUUCGGGAACACAACCGUGUGUGUGAUGUUCUUGUACAGGAACAUCCAGAUUGGGAUGAUGAGAGGCUUUUUCAGACCACAAGACUCAUCUUGAUUGGUGAGACCAUCAAGAUCGUAAUUGAGGAAUAUGUGCAGCACUUGAGCGGCUACAACUUUAAGCUUAAAUUUGAUCCAGAGCUCCUAUUUAACCAGCGUUUCCAGUACCAGAACCGGAUCUCCUCUGAGUUUAAUACCCUUUAUCACUGGCACCCGCUCAUGCCUGACAACUUCCACAUCCAGGGUGAUGUCUACAGCUACAAGCAGUUCCUCUAUAACACCUCCAUGGUGACAGACUAUGGCAUCAGCAACCUGGUGGAUUCAUUCUCCAAGCAGAUAGCAGGCAGGGUUGCCGGUGGUCACAAUGUCCCGCCUGCACUGAUGAUGGUGGCAACAAAAUCGCUUGAGAAUAGCAGACAGAUGCGCUACCAGUCUUUCAAUGCUUACAGGAAACGCUUCAACAUGAAGCCCUAUGCCUCAUUUGAAGAGCUGACAGGUGAAAAGGAGAUGGCGGCUGGGCUGGAGGAGCUGUAUGGAGAUGUUGAUUCUAUGGAGCUGUAUGCUGGAUUGCUUAUUGAAAAGCCACGGCCUAAUUCUAUCUUUGGAGAGACCAUGGUGGAGAUGGGCGCCCCAUACUCACUGAAAGGCCUCAUGGGAAACCCCAUCUGCUCCCCCGAGUACUGGAAGCCCAGCACAUUUGGUGGAAAAGUUGGCUUUAACAUUGUCAACACAGCCUCGCUGCAGAAGCUAGUAUGCAAUAACGUCAAGGGGCCUUGUCCUGUUGUGUCUUUUCAUGUGCCCGAUGUACAGGACUCAGUACUGACGACAAUCAAUGCAAGCGCAGCACACUCAGGUACAAAAGAUGUCAACCCAACAAUUCUACUUAAAGAGCGGACGUCCGAGCUCUGACUAACCACUACUGUGAUUGAUUCUUGACAGAGAUCAGUAUAAAAAAAAGAAACCUUUAUUUAUUUAUUUAUUUAUUACAUAUUUAUUUAAUUUAUUCAAUUUAAAAUGGUGUAGAAAGAUGCUGUGUUUUAGAUGAAUGUACUAAAAAUAUUUGUAAAUUUAUAAAUAUUCUAUUUCAGAUUAAUAAUCAUGUUUUAUUAGCCCCUUUGAACUGUAGAUAGAAGGAUUAUGAUGUGUCAGUUGAGCUCUCAUUGUAUAAUUGUGUAGUAAACAAAAUGAAUAUUGCACAACAAUUUAGGACAGAAAAAAAUGAUGUUAAAAAUAAUGUUAUGUUAAAUUAUGUAAACUGCCCAUCAUCAUGCUUAUGAAGGAAACGUGUUCAUUUGAGGCUCAAUGCGUGCGAAAAGGGUAAAAUUUGAUAUCUGGUCAUUUCCUCCCAGGAGCCUUUAAGUUGACCUGACAAAACCCUUCAGUCUGUUCUUGGUCUAGUUUCCAAAAAAGCAUCAAAUCAAAUAGAUUUAAUUACAUUUUAUUUGUAUACUGCUAUUAUUAACGGACAGCUUUAUUGAAAUAUAUAUUAAAUAUAAUUUCCAUUUGUGGGGGAUGUGGUGGUAACUUGGUGGUUAAGGUGUUAGUCUACCGAUCAGAAGAUUGUGAGUUCAAAUCCCAGGUCCACCAAGCUACCACCACUGGGUCCCUGAGCAAGCCCCUUAACCCUCAAUUGCUCAGCUUUAUAAAAUGAGAUAAAAAUGUAAGUCACUCUGGAUGUGGACAUGUUCCAAAUACCAUAAAAGUUCAUAACUAAUAAACAAGUAAGACGUAAAGGUGGCAAGAAAAAUAUCUCUGAUAUGAUAUGAGGAAGAAACCAGACUCAAAAGGGAAACUCAUCCUUAUGUGGGUGACACCAGAAAAUGUAAUUAUAAAAUCAUUUCCAUGUACUGCAUAGACAAAAGCUGCAAUUGUGUAAUAAGGAACUUAUGAGAGAAUCUGAGAGAGUGUUUUACAGAAAUGAUGAUUUUAAUCUGUGUAAUGCUUUGAGGAAACUCAGUCCAGGUCCGUACUGGUUAGAGCACCACAGCACAUUGUUUCUGUGGCCGUGUAGAACUAAAUUAACAGUUCAGCUUGAUGGUUUAUGUACAUUGUAAGAUAUUGAAUAUUUUUGUACUUGUGAUCCCAGUUGUUAACAGUGAUGACACUAUUUACACUGUUUUGUUUAUUUUUAUGGAAAGAAUACUUGAACAACUUUAGUUUACAAUUUACUCCUGAACAGAUAUUUAGCAUUAUUUACAACAUUUUCUCCCAGUAUAUUUGUUCCUAGUUUAGGUUUUCUUUAUUACAGUAUAUGACAUUUACCAAUUUGUGCAAGACAAACAAAUUCUUCUUCCUGUUCACCUUCAGUAUCUUUUCAAACUUGUGCUCAUGCAACAUUACAAGGCAGAUAAAUGUACUUAGAGGAGAGCAGGAAGAGCUGCCAUCGAUAAAUACAUGAGGUAUAAGUAUAGAGAAGCCUGUGAUUGGGUAAAGUUGUUCUUAUUGAUAUAGGAGCGAGAACAACACCUUUCACAUCCAGAGUGCAUAACCAUUACCAGUGUUUUUUUUUCUUCUUUGUAAUAAAUAAAUGAAUGCCUGCACUCUGUAUAAAAUAUUCCCUCUUCCUCA